AUGGCAAUUGAACAACAAGAAGAUAAAAUAAAAAUCGGCGUCCUGGCUUUACAAGGCUCUUUUCGCGAGCACUGCUCGAUGAUUCGAAGAUGUGGCGGCGAAGCGGUUGAAAUUCGUUCCGCGUCUCAGUUGGAAGGGUGCCAAGGAAUGAUCAUCCCGGGUGGGGAAAGUACCACCAUGGCGAACAUCGCGAGACGAUGGAACUUGUUCGAUGCGUUGAGAGAAUUUGAGGACGAGGGAGAACGGUGCGUGUGGGGGACGUGCGCGGGGUUGAUCUUCUUAGCCGAUCGCAUCGAACAAGGCGCCAAGCAAGGUGGUCAAGAGUUAUUAGGUGGCAUCAACGUGGACGUUUCUCGUAACUUUUUCGGCUCGCAAAUUGAUUCUUUCGAGACGACGAUACCGUGCGAUAUCCCGGGGUGUUCAGAAAACGACGUCAAGUGUCGAGCGAUUUUUAUCCGAGCUCCGGCGAUUAAAAAAGUCGGGGAAAACGUCGAGGUUUUAGCGAAAUAUUACUUAUCCGAGGAGAAAAAGAAAGAAAUGGGCGUGGACAUAGAAUCGGUGGUGGUGGCGGUGAAACAGAAGAACUUGUUGGCGACGAGUUUCCACCCGGAGUUAACGAGCGAUUUGAGAUGGCACGAGCUCUUCAUGCGAAUGAGUAAAGGGUGCAAACCGUUCCAAAGCAAAUUGGCAAAAGUUGGGGAAGAUAGAAAACCAGAGGAAUUUCAGCCAUUAUAUACGCAUCCAGAUUUGCCGGUGUUUAAGGACCAAGUCAUCGCAGACGUGAUGAAAUAA